CUACCUCUUCUCCUUUUUGCAUGCAAUGGGAUGCCCACAAACGAACCAAUUCCCACCCAUUAUCUCUCAUCUUCUCUCCUUCAUCAAUCAUCAUCUCAAUGGCGAUGCCCGUCCCGUUUAGUUACCGUUGGUUGUUGCUAUCAGAGUAUUAAUUUAAUUAUCACUUUGACUGCUCGGAAAGCCAUACUUGAAUCUUGAUAUACUAGUCCUUUAUUCUCUCUCUUUCCCGCUUUUUUAUUCUCUGCCGACUUUCUUCUUCUUCCCCGAAGUUCAUUCCUUUCUCGAAUUUGAAUCAAAACCCAGGUCAGGGUUCUCCUCUCCUUUGCUCCAAUCCCACCUGGGUCGGUCUCGGCAUUGCCUGAUUUGCUUUCCCUCCCCUGCCUCCCUCCAUUUUCUCCGGUGAGCUGUCACAGAGGAGGAAAAAAGAGUUUUUGUUUAGCUGUUUCUAUCUUCUGAUUCUUUCUUUUGGUUGUUAGUUUGCUCUCGCGUUUGGUAUGCGUGUCUAUAUUUAGAUUCUUGGCUUGCUAGCCCUGGUUUUGGAUUCCCUUAUUUUCUGGACUUCGCUUUGCCCGCACUCUAAUUCUUUAUUAUUUUUUUCCAUUCCCGUCCCACUAGGGCGAUUUUCCGGCUAAGUUCUUACCGACGAUGAUGGCGGAGGAUUUCGCGAGAUCAGUUGAGGACGGGCUGAAGCUGUCGAAGCGGAUAUACUUCGGCAAGGACAGAGCCGUAGCUCCUCCCAACAUUCCGGUGAUGAUGGACAAAUCCCUAAUGGAAGCUCUCCUCCCGAAGUCGCCCAUGGUCUACGCCGUUAUCUCCAACCCUGGUAUCGUCGAUAACCCUGACAUACCUAGCUACCAGCCUCACGUGCAUGGUAGGUGCGAUCCCCCAGCUCUCAUCCCGCUCCAGAUGAAUCGGAUCGAACUUCAGGCUGAUUGCUUCUUCGACAAUGUCUUCGUCCAAAUAAUCGGAUCCUGGCGGGUUCAUUGUAUCAUGGGAAGCAAGAGCUGCGAUUGCCGUAUUGCCCUUCCUAUGGGCGAACAGGGUUCAAUUCUAGGUGUCGAGGUGGAGGUUCAUAUGAAGUCAUAUUCUACUGAGAUAAUUGCAGCGGAAGACAACAAGGAUGGGGAUAAAGAAGUCCGCCCUGAAAAUGGCAGCUAUCUCAAACCCAACAUAUUUACACUCACAAUCCCAAAGGUUGAUGGGGGUGCCAUACUUUCAGUUAGAGCUAGUUGGAUGCAGAAAUCAGUAUUCAAGAAUGGAGAAUUUUGGAUAGGAGUUCCAUUUAGCUUCCCAGAGUAUGUCACUCCAUUUGCAAAGAAGCUACCCAAGAAGGAGAAGAUACUCUUGAAUGUGAACUCUGGUUCUGGAACUGAGAUUGUAUGCAAAUAUACCAGUCAUCCUUUGAAGGAAGUCAGAAGAGAAUCUGGGAAGUUGUCUUUCGCUUAUGAAACUGAAGUUCUCAUUUGGACGCACAAUGAUUUCAAUUUCUCGUAUGCGGUCUCGUCAAGCCAUAUAUUUGGUGGUUUGCUUUUGCAAUCACCAUCUGUGCAUGAUGCUGAUCAAAGAGAGAUGUUCUCUGUGUACCUCUUUCCUGGAAGCAGGCAGAGCAUGAAGGUCUUCAGAAGAGAGGUCGUAUUUGUUAUUGAUAUAAGUGGAAGCAUGGAAGGAAAGCCAAUUCAGGCUACGAAGAAUGCAAUUUGUACUGCCCUCAACAAGCUUGAACCUAAGGAUUCAUUCAAUAUAAUAGCUUUCAAUGGAGAAAGUUAUGUCUUUUCAUCACUCUUGGAAGCUGCAACUGAAAACACAAUCGAGAAGGCUUGCCAAUGGAUUAAUUCAAACUUUUUAGCCGGUGGGAGUACAAAUAUUUCACAAGCCCUAGAUAAGGCAAUAGAGAUGGUCUCCAACAGUAGUGGUGCAAUCCCUCUCAUAUUCCUUGUGACUGAUGGGACUGUUGAAGAUGAAAGACACAUUUGUGAAGUAAUUAAAAGUCGACAAACUUUUGGGGGAACGAUAUCUCCACGGAUACACACUUUUGGCAUUGGGUUGUACUGCAAUCAUCAUUUUCUGAGGAUGCUUGCAAUCCUUGGCAGAGGAGGAAAUGAUGCUGCUUAUGAAGUAGAUUCCAUCGAGACUAGACUGCAAAGUUUCUUCAGCAGAGGUUUGUCUACUGUUCUUGCCAAUAUAUCACUGGAGGCAGUGGAUAAUGAAGUUGAGACAUAUCCUUCCCGACUCCGAGAUCUUUCAUGUGAAGAACUGUGGACCAUAUCUGGUAGGUAUGUUGGAAAUUUACCGGAGUUCGUGAGAGUUGAAGGUGUUUUAGGGGACUUCAGUAAAUUUGUUGUGGACUUGAAGACACGUACUGCGAAGGACGUUCCUUUGGACAAGGUAUUUGCAAAGCAGCAGAUUGAUAUACUAACGGCCCAGGCAUGGUUUUCAACAAGUAAACAGCUAGAGGAGAAGGUUUCCCAAAUCAGCAUACAAACAGGAGUUGCAUCUGAAUACACACGCAUGUCGAUAUUGGAAACGCAGAGAGUGUACCAAUCCUCCGAACCGCCUGCUGGGCGCAAGGGUUCAAAGAAAGCCAACGCGGAGAAGGAAGAAACAAAGACUCAGAGGAGAGUAAUGCUGCCAAGCCUGGGGAUCGGGUUCGGAAGCUUGACAGCAACCAUGGAGAACAUACCACCAGGGACCGAGGAACCGAGGUUGCCAGAGGCAGCCGAGAUGAUGAUAAAGGCGGCCUCGAACUGCUGCGAGAGGUUGUACGGCCACUGCUGCUGCAUGUGCUGCGUCCAGUGCUGUUCCAGAAUGAACAACCAAUGUGCAGUAGCCUUGACCCAGCUCUGCAUGGCUCUAUCGUGUUUCGGCUGCUUCGAGUGCUGCGCCGCGAUAUGUUGCCCCGCGGAACAGUGAUUGAUUAAGCCAGUUGGUAUUUGUUCUGUUUUUUCCAUCUUCUUCUGUUUGUGCAGUCAGUGAGCAAACUAGAGAAAAACAGAACCCUCCACCUCAUUUUACUGUAUAUUGGUGCUGUUGGUGGCUGUUCUCUGUCGAGGAUGGACCUUGUUGAAGACGCGCGGUGUAUAGUAGAGGGGCAAGUGAUUAGUGAAAGGGAGAAAGCCUAUGAUUAUUUGUCAAAAUAUCAACUUGUUUAUGCGUCAUAAACAAUGCACUCAAAAGCGUGAUUCUACUUAGAAGCGGUGGGUGACCUAGAAGCGUAAAAUCAUAAGCUUUUAAGUUUUAAAGCGUAGAUGUAGAAUCGUUUUGGUGACCUAAAACGCUUUUAAAUUUUAAAUUGCGAUUUUGACUGCAUUGGUCAUAAAGCAAAUAGGAGUAGAAUAGGGCCAAAUUUGCAUGUCGACUGCCACUGACAAAUGUGCUUUGUGGCCAAUAUAAAGUCUAUAACCUGAUUAAAACUGUGGAAAGGGGAUAGGGAGAAUGUUCAUACUGACCUGGAUCCCACUUUGAGGUUUGAUUUAUGUCCUCUUCCUAUCCUUUUUCUUAUGAUCUUCUUUCCCUAACUUUUACUUAUUUUUAUGUGUUAUUUCUUCUCUUCAUAUCAUAACCUACUUGUUCACGAUCAUCACCUACUUGUUAUUUCUUUUGUUCAUACAAAGAAAAAAAAAGUUGUGUUCUCUCACCAGAAAUUUUAAGUGUUUGAUCUCUUUUCAUACGAAUCGAAUUCGAUGUGAUCGCUCACAAGUCACAACAACAACAACGGAAACUUACAAUUUUGGGAGAAUCUCACAUCCUAUGGCUUAUAGUUAUUGUCAUGACUUCAUGUGCUGUUUCCUUUUCCCCACGAAAGGAAAUGGCUUCAGCCAUGGCUGUAUAGGGCAAGUCUUGCUUCUCUUGGAAAAGCAAAUACUCAGCACGACAAGUUAGGCAUAUUUUUCUUUCUGCCUUAGGUUAUACAAUGACAACUGCCCAAAAAUAAUCUCAAGGGUGUAGGUAUCUUUCAAUCUCUGCCUCUCCUUUGGAUUAGCAUAGCUCACUGGAGCCACUCACUUCUACUUGAAUCCAAAUAUAACUAAGGCCAUCCAUCCACCGUCAUCGUUGGGUCUCUUCCAUUAAUUCGUAUUAUUAGGACCAGAUAGGUUACAAAAUAUCAUGCUUUGGGUUACUUUUUAUGAGAAUGUUAUGACGAGAAUUUGAAAAACAAGUUUGCCGAAUAACUCAAAUUAUCGAUAAGUUUUCAAAUUAUGACGAGAACGUUAUCGAGCGCAUGUGAUUGAUGGCGACUAACUAGGGUAUAAAAUGUCAGAUUUUAAUUAGUGCAUUUUGAAUAACGCUUUUGUUAUGCUAGCUCGCGGCAAUGAUAACACUGAUGAUCAUCUUUCUUCUAACUAUGAUGGUCACCGAUUAAUCUUCGCAAUCAAUUAAGCAAGCAUGAUUAUUUUGGAAGGAAACAAACUUCUCAACAAUGUGGGGAAAAAAACAAUAUCCUAUAACUAACUAAUGUUAAUGUUUUAUAGAGCACAAUAGUCUGACUUUAGCUACUCAAUCCACCCAAAAUCCAUCAUGAUUCAUGCAAAUAUAUUUAAAUCACAUUCGUUACGUAUCCCAAUCCCUACCGAAUCAUGUUAAUUAAGUUAAAGUUUGAAGUAUACGUCAAUCUUGCAAGCAAUUUAUGUAGAAUUAUUGAAGCUGACUUUCAUAGGAAUAGAUAUCUUCCACCAGAUCACAAAUACAUAGUCAAAUUAAAGAAUAAAUGAAAAUCGUGAAAUUCUAACCAAACCUUCUUAAUUCAUUCUCAUAGUUUUUAAGCUUCCAAUUAUAUGAAACUUGGAAAACAAGUUUUUUUCUGACUUUACUUAUAAAAUAAAAUUGUACAAACACG